AUGACUCUUGUUCAUGAUAUCACGGCACAAUUAUCCGGUCACAGUCUGGAUAAGUCCGUGGCUGCAGUCAUAGGGAUCAUAUAUAACCUCUAUUUUCAUCCUCUACGUGACUUUCCUGGACCAGUGCUCGCCCGUGCUACUCCACUAUGGACUGUUUACUGGGAGCUUAUGGGUGUUCUCCAUUCGAAAACAAAAGAGGCACAUGAUCGGUACGGAGAGGCUGUACGCACCGAGCCCAACUCCCUGUCAUAUAAUUCAGCACAGGCAUGGCAUGAUAUUUGCGGUCAUCGAACAAUCAAGGGCAAAGUGCUCUUUGAAAAGGAUCAGGAGUGGCAGGUCCGCUCUCCGGAUGGAUCAUGGCACAUUGUGGGAGCGAAUGGUGAAGAGCACCGCCGACUUCGUCGUCUUCUCGCCCAUGCAUUUUCUGAGAAAUCACUCAAGGUUCAGGAAGGAUACCUCCAUAGUUACGUUGAAUUCUUCAUGUCGAGGCUCCACCAGAAGAUAGCCGAGGGCAAUGACGUGGUCGACAUGACGAGCUGGUUCAACUUCAUGACUUUUGAUGUUAUUGGAGAUCUUGCCUUUGGUGAGCCCUUUGAACUACUGAAGCAGGGUAAAGCAGAACGGUACCUGUCAUCUAUAUUUGGGUUCCUCGAAGCUCAAGUGUAUAUGCGUACCGCAACACGUCUCGUGACAAAGUCGUGGUUGAAGUUUGUAACGGGCCUUCUCACACCCAAGCAUCUCCAGGAUGACUUCGUAUUCCAGUAUGAGAUGGCACGCGAUCGACUUACCCGUCGUGUAGCCUCGGACACCGACAGGCAAGACUUUGUAUACCACAUGCUCCGAGGCUCACGCGAAAAAAUUGGUCCAGACGGGCUCACCUUCGAAGAGAUCCUCACAACGAGCCAACUUCUUAUCCUAGCGGGCAGCGAAACAACUUCCGCCCUUCUUGCAGGGAUGCUAUGUCACCUCCAAACCUCCCCGCAUGCACUUUCACGUCUCAUACACGAGAUUCGCUCCUCCUUCACCACAAAAGAGGAGAUUAGCUACCAGCGAGCUGCAGAUCUGCCUUACCUUCACGCCGUAGUGGAAGAAGCCCUCCGCAUCUACCCUCCCGUCACCGGGACCAUUCCACGCCUCGCUCCCCAAGCUGGAGCAAUGGUUUGUGGAAGGUUCGUGCCGGGAGGCACAUCACUUGGGAUGCACCACUAUUCAUGCAACCGCAGUGCGGCAAAUUUCUAUCAGCCAGACAAUUUCUUUCCCGAAAGGUGGUUGGAGGAUAAGGACGAGCGGUUUUUGAGCGACCAGAAGGAAGCCUGUCGUUCGUUUUCACAUGGGCCAAGGAACUGUCUAGGAAAGAACCUGGCGUAUGCAGAAAUAAAGCUGAUUGUCACCAACUUCUUUUGGAACUUCGAUAUCCAGUCACAGCCUGGGAUCAAGAAUUGGGCAGACCAGCAUACGAACAUGACCUGGAAGAAGAAGCCUCAAUAUGUCAAGCUGAUUCCAAGGAACCUUUCAUGA